CUCCCGGACCCGAGGAUGGAGGCGGUGCGGGACGAACACCCGCUCGGGGGCGGGAUGGAGGCCGACGAGCCCGCGAGCCCCCGGGAGCCCCCGUCGCCGCCCCCACCCGCGUCGCCGCCGUCGCCCGCGGUCCCCGAGCCCCCCGAGGUCCCCGUGCCCGAGCCCCCGACCGAGGCGUCCGCGCGGCAGCUGCUGCUGGAGGCGUGGGGACCGCCGGGCGCGGGCCUGGAGCUGCCCCCGCGCCUCACCUGGAAGCUGCUCUUCCUGCGGCGGCCGCUCUACCGCAACCUGCUGCGCUCGCCCAACCCCGAAGGCAUCAACAUUUAUGAACCAGCACCCUCUACUGGUCCCACCCAGCAGCCCCUGGAGACUCUGGGCAAUUUCCGCGGGUGGACCAUUAGGACUGAGAUGCUCCAGCAGGAUCGCAGCUGGACGGUGAAGCAACAGUGUGUGGACCUCCUGGCCCAGGGCCUGUGGGAGGAGCUGCUGGAUGACGAGCAGCCAGACAUCACGGUCAUGGACUGGUUCGAGGACAGCCGGCUGGACGUGUGUGUCUAUGAGCUGCAUGUCUGGCUGCUGGCAGCUGACCGCCGCACAGUCAUCGCACAGCACCAUGUGGCCCCCCGGACCUCUGGGAGAGGCCCCCCUGGCCGCUGGGUCCAGGUGUCCCACGUAUUCCGCCAGUAUGGCCCCGGCGUGCGCUUUGUCCACUUUCUGCACAAGACCAAGAACCGGAUCGAGCCUGGGGGGUUGCGGCGGACCAAGGUGACUGACUCCUCUGUGUCUGUGCAGCUCAAGGAGUGACUGGCUGACUCCAGGCCUUCUGACCCCUUGUCUCAUCUACCCACCCCUUGACACUUCCCUAACCCUUAGCUCCUCCCUGACCCUUAGCACCUCCCUGACACCUUGGCAUUUCUGUCCUUAGCACCUCCCUGACCCGUAGCACUGCCCUGACCCUUAGCACCCCCUUGUUCCUUAUCACUUCUGUCCUUUUAGCAUUUCUCUGACCCCAUAGCACCUCCCUUAGAAGUCCCUAACCCUUAGCACCUCCCUGACCUUUAGCACCUCCUUGACCCUUUAGCUCCAUCAUGUUCUCUUAGCACCUCCCUGUUCCCUUAGCACCUUCAUGAUCCCUCAGCUUCUCUCCAUCACUUACCACCUCCUAAGCCCCUUCCUCUUGCCCAGCCCUUGGCUUCUCGUUUGCCACCCUCCCGUGUCCUCCAAUGUCUAACUCUGGCAUUUCCCGUGCACUCUCUGAGCAGCUCAAAGCCAGGGGCCACUUCUUGAUCAGUGCUUGACAGAUAGUAAGGACUCAAUAAAUUUUUGUUGGUUGAAUGAA